UUCCUUCCCUCCUUCCUAUCUUCCGCCCGCGCUGGUACACCAUGGCGUCCGGACUGGUGCGGCUGCUUGUCCGGGGGCCUCGCGGCCUCCUGCGGGUCUCAGCCACCCCGGAGCCCGUCCAGCCGAGCCGGGGCAUCAAGGGCGGGAUCCGCGCCGCGCUCCGCUUCCAGAAGGAGUUGGAGCGGCGGCGGCUGCUCAAGUGCCCCCCGCCUCCCGUGCGCCGUUCAGAGAAGCCCAACUGGGAUUAUCAUGCAGAAAUCCAGGCUUUUUGUCACCGACUAAAUGAAGACUUUUCAUUAGAGCUUCUCAAAACUGCUUUUAUUAACAGAUGUUACAUUGAGAGUGAGGAAGCCAGACGACAGAAACUGGGAGUAGACAAAGAAGCUGUGGCUCUCAACCUUAGAGAUAAUCGAGAACUCUCAGAACAAGGGAGAGCCUUUUCACAAAAGUGUCUCACACAGCUCCUUGGAGAUGCAUACCCAAGUCUGCCCUCAGAAGGCGUCCAAGCAAUUGUGGAUUUUCUUAGCAGUGAGGACAUUGUGUGUCAUGUAGCCAGACAUUUGGCUGUGGAGCAGUUAACACUAAGUGCAGAAUUUCCAGUUCCCCAGACAGUACUCCAGCAGACUUUCUUUGCAGUAAUAGGAGCAUUGCUGCAAAGCAGUGGGCCACUGAAGACGUCAGUCCUUCAUCAGGACUUCCUAAUUACACAGAUGACUGGAAAAGAACUUUUUGAGAUGUGGAAGGUUGUAAAUCCCAUGGGACUACUAGUGGAUGAGUUGACAAAAAGGAAUAUUUCUGCUCCUGAACCCAGAAUUACUAGACAGUCUGGAAGCAGCACAGUGUUGCCACUGUAUUUUGUUGGUUUAUACUGUGAAAAGAAACUCAUUUCAGAAGGACCUGGUGAAACAGUACUGGUUGCAGAAGAAGAAGCUGCUCGGGUGGCCCUAAGGAAACUUUAUGGACUGACUGAGAAUAGGCGACCUUGGGACUAUUCCAAACCCAGUGAAAAAUUAUCGGAAAAAGUUAUUGCCUCGAGUUAAUUGGCCAAAAGCACAUUGGCACUUGAAUUCACCAAAGGAACAGAAAAAUGAGACACAAACUUUAAAGUGACUUAGAAAAUACGAUGGCACUUCCCAAAUUGCUCAGAGACAUCUUCCUCCCUUAGGGGCUUGUCAGAUUACAAGAGAGUCAUUUACUGUUCAAAAAUGGUUACUGUGAAAUCCUUUCAAGUUCGUUAAAUCUUAUUUGUCGACCUCUUUAGAGAAAUUGCUCUUAAAGUUUUGGAUUUAUCACUGUGUGAUUUAUAGAGUGGUAUGUUUUUUUUUCAUUUAAUUAUUUCCUUCUGGCUUUGAAGUAUUGUGGCCUAAAGAAAUGUUUUUUUAGUUCAAGUCCCAACAAUACUAAUUAAAAAAAAAUUUGAAUACAACAAAUCUUUAUUUACCAAAGCAUUACUUGACAGUUUAAUUUGAAGUGUAUUGUUAACAGGUUGGGUAACUUGGCCUUCUUAAUACAACUAAACAGUAUGGUAAAACUUUUGACAUCACUGGAAAGGCAAAAUCCAAAUGGUGACAAUUAUACUAUAAGGGUGAAUGUCUUAAAAUUUUGUGAGCUAAUAAGUCAAUAAACUAUGUAGAAUUCUAAAAUACUAGUAAAUAAAGGACAGUGUUCAAGGUUAUUUUUUAAUUACUCUAAAAACAUAAAUUUUAAUACCAAUUUGAAGAUUGUAAAUAAAUGUUAAUUAAAUUAAUUUAGACGAGAGGAUAAUUUAUUACUACAAAUACAAACAUUUUUGUUUCUGUAAUUUUUGCAGGAAAAAGCUUUCCUUUCAGUAUUAUCCUUUUAGGGCACUUUUAUCAGAAACAUCUCUCUUGCUUUUUGGGAAAAGGCCAGUUCCAUACAUGUCCUUCCUUUGAAAUAAAGUGGUUUAUAAACUUUU